AUGCACAGCGGGGUGCCUAUACGGGCACAGCGUCUGACGACUCCUUCUUGGGGGGCAGGCCCAGCAGCUGCGCCACCGAGAUGUCGCGCUCCGCAGCCACCUGCCGCAGCGUGCGCAUGGCACGCAGGCCCUCAAUCGCGGCCUUGGCGUUGUUCAGGGGGUUGCUGCCGCCAACCUGCUUGCCAAAACCGUUCCUCACGCCCGCCAGCUCCAGGACCACCCUCACGGCUCCCCCCGCGAUCACGCCGGUUCCCUCGGAGGCCGGUCGCAGGAGCACCUGCGUGGCGGACGAGCAGUUGCGAUCGAGCAGUUCAAGGUUUUGGGUGUGCACUGGGCAGAAGUUGUGUUUCAGCAUGCACGUGGAGUGCAGCUGAACGAGGUCAGACUGCUCGUCAUUUCUGGCUCAUGGAUAUAUAG